AUGUUUAGAUUUUAUCAAUUGAUUAUAGGACUAUUAUUAAUUUUUUAUUUUCUUGAGAAAUAUAAUAUUACCUUUUGUAAAGAUUGUGUUAACCCACAUAAUUGUAAACAUGAUUGUUACGUAUUAGAAGAUAAUAAACAAUUAUGUUUAUGUAAUGAGAAUGAGAAAGGAAUUGAUUGUAAAGAAACAUGGAAUGUGUGUGAAAAGGAUUGUAAUAUAUACGGCAUGAAUGAAUCAUGUUCUAUGGCUUUAUGCAAAUGUGUACCUACGAGUGAUAAACCAUACUAUAAAUGCGAAUGUGGAGAUUUUUUCAAAGGAAAGAAUUGCGAAAUUGAAAAUAAUCCUUGCUCAUUUCCUGAAACAAAUCCUUGUUUAAAUGGAACUUGCAUAUUUAUUAUGAAAUUGAACAGAAUUAUUUGCAAAUGUAAUAAUGGAUGGACACAAAAAAAUAUGCAAAGUGCAACCAUGUUAAAUUGGGGAAACGAAAAGGUGGAAGUUCCCCCACCAUGUGACGAGCAAAUUCGAAAAGGACUAUCCAAAUAUGUGAUUUAUCAUACACCUGGUAAAAAAAGCCUUUAUUUUAAAGAAAAAUAA